AUGGGUGACAUCCGCCGGCGCCGGGACGAGCUCAUCGGCAGGGCGGCGGUGUGCUGGCUCCCCGGCAACAGCCACAACACGGAGCCACACCACCUCGGGGACGCGCUCCGCAACCAGCUCGACAUCCACCACGACGACGUCCAGGUGCUCAAGCACUUCCCCGAGCAGUUCCUGGUCAUCUUCAACAACCCAAGGGACAGACAGCGUGUGGUGGAGGUGGGCGUCCUCCUCGACAAUGGCCGCCGCUUCCAGUUCGCGGCAUGGAGUGAGCGCCGCUAUGCCAACAACGUCAGCUGGGAGUUCCGCGUCAAGGUCCGCAUCGAGGGCAUCCCGGUGCACUGCUGGGCGGAGGAGGUGGCAACCAAGGCGCUCGGCAAGAGCUGCGCCAUCCACUACCUGGAGGAGACAACCCGGAGGCGCCAGCGCACCAGGUCCUUCGACCUCUGGGCUUGGUGCUGUGACCCGUGCGACAUCCCCACGGAGGCUCGCCGUGUCUUCGACUGGGACUACGGCGUGCCGGACACGAAGGGGGAGCGCCUCCACGGGAGGCGUGCUGGCCACGACCGCGGCCGUGACAUGAGGCCACGCCGGGACGACGACGACUACGAUGGCAGGCGCAACCAUGGCAACCGUCGUCACCGCAGCCUCUCCGCCUGGGCAAGGAACUCUCGCUGCAGGGGAGGCGCUGAGGACUGCAUCAGCUCCAACAGGUGGCGCGGCCGGGGUGAAUCACCACCCCGAAGGAACAGGCCGUCAGGUGGAGCCUACCAGGCGCCAGCCCAAGUCUGGAAGGUUAAGGAACACAAGAAGGAGAAGAAGACAAAGAGGGUCUCCUUUGCAGACCCUAUUGCAACUGAGUUGAAGCCCCCCAAGCGCUCUAUCACUGAUGACAGCAUUAUGCUUAUCAAGGUGGCUAACAGCACCACCCUGAGCAGCAACAAGGAGAAGGAAGGGGGACAGGAUGGCCACACUACCAACAACUCCUUCACGAAGAUGGCAGAACAUGAGGGGAUGCAAGGCAAGGCCGCAAGCAGUGACUACUGUGGCAUCACUCCAAGUGAGGAAACAUCACCUCCUAAUAUUACUCCUAAUGCUACUGAUAGUUCUGCGUUUGAGGUUAUCUGGGGAUGGUACUCGGACACCCAGGAUAUCCUGCACUUCGCAAGGCCGAUCGAGAAGACCACGAUGGACGCCAUCCAGGACCUCAUCGAGCAUAGCGCCUUGAUCCAGAAGAAGAGCGGCAAUCAGGAUUUGGUUACUGUUGUUUGCAUGCCUGCUGGCCAUGGUGCCUUCGGCGGUAUUGGUUGUGCGCCUGUUGGCCAUGGAGCCUUCGGCGAUCCUGGUUGUGCGCCUACUGGCCCUGGAGCCUUCGGUGGAAAACAUGAGAUCACGGAUUUGUGCACACUUUACCUACCAGCCUGGCUGGUGCUGGGAGACUUCAACUUAAUCCUAAAUGCGCAAGAGGAAAACAACGCACGUGUUAACCUGCCAAUGAUUAACAGAUUCAGAUCAACAGUAGACAAUCUAGAACUCGCUAGGAUUGAUCUAAGAGGGAGGAAGUAUACCUGGUGCAACGAUCAACAAUCUCCAACAAUGACAAGAAUUGACCAUUUCUUUGCAUCCGCGGAUUGGCUUGAAUUGUUUCCAAGAACCAACCUCUGA